AUGUCGUGCCGCUGUAGCGCUGACAAGGGCGGCGAAUGCUCGCUCCGCGCGUUCAUCACGGACUACGUGCGCGCGGGCGAGAGCGAGCGUUUAGCGGCGAAUGCUCGCGCGGCCAUCGACGCCGCCAUGAAGGCGCCGUCCGCCUGGCGCCAGUCCGUGCGCGCGCCGCCUACAACGAGCGGGCAAAGCCACCGCGUGAUAUUCUCGUGCUGCGGCGCGGGCUGGCAGGCGGUGCGGGACGCAGCCUUGGCCGCCAAGCGCUGCGGCGCGUGCGGCGGGCCCGACGCCUUGAGAGCUACUACAGCGGCGUUAGGCGCGCUAGCAGCGGCGUGUCGCGCGGCGCACGCGCGCGUAGUACCGGCGCAGGCGUCGCGCGCGGCGCGCUGGCUGGCCGACGACGAUAUAGUACGCUUCCUGCAGUCGCUGCCCAACUGGCGCGCUGCUAUACAACCUACGCCUGCCUCGGCUGCUAGUGCGCAGGAGCUCAACCAAGCGUACGAGCGCGAAGCCGAGAUCUUAGGCUCCAGCCUGGGCGACGGCGCCGUGACGCGGCGCGAGCUGCUGUCUGACGUCACCGCGCUGGCUGAUCUGGCGCUGAUGUGCGAAUCUAUGGACUGGCUCGCAACGAACAUCAAGACGCUGCCGACCAUAAUCGGCGGGUCGGGCAUCAAGCUGAGCGACAAGUUCAUUGGCGACAUCAGCGCUGCGGCCGCCAUCUUUGAGGAGAUCGCUCACAAGUGUUUGCUCUUCCUUCAUCUUGAGCUGCGUAUCGCGUGCUUUUACUACCUCGGGCAGGAAGAGACGGCGUCUAACUCGGAAGGCGAGGCGGGCGCGGGCGGAGCCGCGAGACUGGCCCACGCUCUGCUGGCUUUCCACGAGUGCGCCGCGCCGCUGUUGGCACCGCAUCUGCUAGCGGUUAGUGAGCCUUAUUGCCUUGGGAAUACGGAGUAUUAUUGCAGAAGGAUCACUCAGGAUGAGACGGGCGCGGGCGGUGUGGAGGUGAGCGCAGGCGGGGCGGUGAGACUCGCUCACGCGCUGCUGGCCUUCCACGAGUGCGCCGCGCCGCUGCUGGCACCGCACCUGCUAGCGACGGUGUGCGUUGACACCUUCGCGCGCAUCGUCCCUGUGAUAAGGGGGCCUGUGAUAUCGACGAGUUCGUCUUAG